UGGGCGUGUCGUUUUCCCACUUCCGUCACAACCACAAACAAAUGGUAUCUCUUAUGCUAGUUCCGCUGUUUUAGCAUUCGUUGAUUUCACCUGGUUUUUCCUCACAUUCUAAAUUCAAAUCAGCGUCGGGACUGUACUAGGCGUCAUACACCACCAGUUCCAUGGUUGCAGGUUCAGCACUCAUGGAGCCAUCCACAAAACCUGGGCUCAACCAGGUUGCCGAUGUGGUGUUUGUAAUCGAAGGGACGGCUAACCUUGGACCUUAUUUUGAAUCGCUUCGGAAAAAUUACAUACUUCCAGCUAUAGAAUUCUUCAAUGGAGGCCCCCCAGCAGAAACUGAUUUUGGUGGAGAUUAUGGAGGCACACAGUACGGCCUUGUGGUGUUCAAUACAGUAGACUGUGCUCCAGAGUCUUACGUCCAGUGCCACGCGCCGACCAGCUCUGCAUUUGAGUUUGUCUCCUGGAUCGACGGCAUACAGUUCAUGGGCGGUGGAGCGGAAAGUUGUAGUUUAAUUGCAGAGGGACUCUCGGUGGCCUUGCAGCUCUUUGACGACUUUAAGAAGAUGAGGGAACAAAUAGGCCAAACCCACAAGGUGUGUGUGCUGCUGUGUAACUCUCCUCCGUACCUGCUGCCUGCUGUGGAGAGUGUGAGCUACACUGGCUGUACAGCCGACAACCUGGUUAAAAUCAUCAGAGAUAAGGGAAUUCAUUUCUCAGUGGUUGCUCCUCGCAAGCUGCCUGCUCUAAGGGCUCUGUUUGAGCGUGCGUCUCCUGUAGUUGGAGGAGUUGAACCUCAUCCAGACUGCAGUCAGGAUGCCUUCCACAUGGUCCUAGUGAGAGGAAUUUCUCUUCCAGUUUCCUCAAACAGCGGUCCAGGGACACUUAAGCCUGUCCUUCCUAGUCAGCCAUUGCCGGUUUCGCAACCUCUCAUGGGAGCUACACAACAGGCUCCGCCCAUUAAUACCACCCACCCUUAUCAGAGUCAACCUCCCUUGACUGCUGCUCAUUCAGCAGCAAAGAUGGUCAUGGAGGCAGCGACUAUCCAGAAAGGCUGCUUCCAGGGAAUGGUUACUCAAGGUCCUCCAUUUGCAAAUCAGCCCCACAUGCCAUCGGUUGGAGGAGUGAAGAUCAGCCAGCCAAGCAUAUCAACAGUCACUACAGCGUCGUCGUCUUUGAUGCAGCAACAACCUGCACCCAACCAGCAGCAGCAGGUCCCUUCUCAAGGGCAGCCUCCCCCCAACCAACCACCACAGCAGCCUUCUCAACCACAACCUGCAGCCAAUCAGCCCACAGCUCCCUCGGUUCAGCCCAACUUGGCCAGUGUGACUGGACCACAGAGCAAUGCUAAUCCAAUUGGACAGCAGCAAAGUGUUGCCAAUAAGAUAAUUGCGUGGACUGGUGUUCUGGAGUGGCAAGAGAAGCCUAAAGCCUCCUCAAUGGAUUCAGCUACUAAACUGACACGCUCUCUACCUUGUCAAGUUCAUGUCAACCAAGGAGAAAAUCUAAACACAGACCAAUGGCCACAGAAACUAAUCAUGCAGCUAAUUCCACAGCAGCUACUGACAACUUUAGGUCCCCUCUUCAGAAACUCUCGAAUGGUUCAGUUCCUCUUCACUAACAAAGACUUGGAGUCCCUGAAGGGUCUUUACCGCAUCAUGACCAGUGGAUUUGCUGGCUGUGUCCACUUUCCCCACACCACCUCUCCCUGUGAAGUGCGGGUGCUGAUGCUGCUCUACUCCUCCAAGAAGAGAAUAUUCAUGGGCCUCAUUCCUAACGACCAGAGCGGUUUUGUCAACGGCAUCCGGCAAGUCAUCACCAACCACAAGCAGGUCCAACAGCACAGAGUGCAACAGCUUGGAGGUGCAGGUGGUCAAAUGCAACCAGGUCAAGUCCCUCCCAACCAGAACUUUUUAAACAGAGCACCAGGGCCCAUUCCUGUCUCACAUGGUAACGUCCAGCAACAGUCUGUGGUGGUGGGCAUGCCUCCUGUUAGUCAGGUUUCUAUGAUGGAGGAGCAGCAGAGGCAAAACAACAUGAUGGCACUGAGAGCAGCUGUACCAGCAAACCAGCAGCCACCAGUCAAUGGUGCUCCACCCAACCAGGUUGCACAAGGUGGACAAGCCCCACCUCAGGGUCCUAUACUGAGGCUUUCAAACCCGGGAGCCAAUCCGCAGCUUCGCAGUCUUCUCCUCAGCCAACAGCAGCCACAAGGCGGGGUGUCUCACAUGCAGGGCAUGAUGUCUCACCAGGGUUUAGGACAGCAGUUGGUCCACUCAGCGCCAGGAGGGGGGGCUCAAAUGCAGGGGCAGUGGAGGCAGCCGUUGGCAGGUCCUGUCAUGAUGUCUGGAGGUCAGAGAGGGUCUGUACCACAGCCUGGGAUGCCCCAAGUGUCCAGUAACAUGGAGGAUGAAAUCCUCAUGGACCUUCUUUAACUGAGUGCCGUGGACAGAGAUUUUAGUUAACAUUUGGCAGCCACUUCUGACAACAUACAUCCACUCUGCCGCUUCAUAACUAGCAAUGUUCGACAUAAUUAUAGAACAAAUCGUAAGUAGUGUCCUCACUUUAUGAGACAUGAGCUGCUAAAGUUAAUUAGGGGCAGACAAUUCAAGCAUUAGUUUUUUAUGUAAAUGGUCAAACUAGACAGCCUGCUAAUUGUCUGUGCCGUACAGCGGAUGGAGCAUAACCAGUGGAAGUGGUCAACUGUAUCAUGCUUGUGGAUCAUUUGCUAUCCUUUUUAUUUGUAGUUUGAGGUAGAAGAAUGCAUUCUGUCUUUUUUACUUUUUCUUUUUUCUGAAUUGUGGAUAUUAAUACUGUACAAAGGUAAAAUAAAUAACCAUGAAGUUUGGGUUGAUUCAGUGGA